AUGGCCUCCAACCCAGCAAAGCGGAAACCGGUACCGCUAGGGGCUCACGGAGCUACUGGUAUUUCUCGCAAGCGCGCUAAAAACCUUGAUGCACGCUCCCUGGCUGUGCAGUCAACUGACGCUGCGCUCUCUGUGACGGGCGAGCUCGAUGUCGCCGCAUACGCAGCCGCGCGGGCAUUCGAAAUCCAGGCCCUGGAAGAUGGUAUGAAGCGGUCUAAAACCGCAUUGACAACAAGGGCGUUUCAAAAAGUUCCCCGCGCUUUGCGACGCCGCACUGCGAGUCACAAUGUGAAACGGGUCCCGCGAAGGUUGAGGGCGCGGGCGAAGCACGAGGUAAGUUUGUCAGGACAUGCUCUUAGCUGCUCAACGUCUGAUCCAACUAUGUGCCAGAUGAUCGAGGACAAUACGCCGACAGUCACCGCACGUCGAAGGAAGCCCACCCAGAUCAUGCGCAUCCGCCUCGAAUCCGCUCGUCGUCUACAAAAUAUCAAUGCCAAGUCAAAGGCCCGACGUGCCGCCGCAAAAGUGAAACGUAAUCAAGAAUAUGAGACCAGGUUGAAAGAGGCAGGGAGCCAUGCCUUCAAUACUGCUCCUCGGGUUCCAAAGGUCAAAAAGUAUAAGCUCUCGAGGCCACCGCCAGCAGAUGCCAAAUAUCGCAAGCGUCAAAAGUGCAAGACAUGGCUACCUACACACAUGUUUCACGCAAAGCGUGCCCAUAUGGCUACUAGCAAGGACCCGAUCUGGCGUUUUGCAAUUCCCUUAUCGCCGACUGAGAAAAGCUACCGACCUACACACAGAGCACGAGGUGCUCGAGGUGCCGUGGCUUGGGAUAUGAGCUAUAUGUCGACCAUUCAACUUGAAGGAACAGAGCCCUGCAUUGAGGCUGUUUUGCGAGCUGUCGGUGUCGAUAGUAAUGAGGCGUGGGGAGCCAAGGCAAGAAAGUGGAGAGCUGGGACGCGGUCAUUCCAAGCUUGGACUUUCGAAAUGGACGAUCGCUCCAGGCCGAUCGCCCCCGUUACACUUGUCUGGUGUGCACCGGAUAAGUCCCAAGAUGUGGAAAUGGUCGAUGCAGGCAAGGCCCAGUCAGCAUCAAGAACGCCACGGCGAAAGCUUUGGGUUCGGGUUCAUCCCUCUGCGUUCUUGCAAUUGUGGCAUAGUUUGCUUGAGCUGUCGAAGAGACAAAAUCCUCCUGUCACGGUAGAGGACUUACGGUUUGAAAUUGGCAGCGUUGAAAUUACAGGACCGGGCUCUCUGGAAGCACUGCUGGCGGCAUUGCGGCCUGUUCUGGGACCAAGCGACGCUCCAGCAGGACAGAGCCCAGAAGAUGUUUGGCUUUCUCUUCUUGGGGUAUCAAAUCCGUCUUCACUGCCGCGCAAUGCUCUAUUAGCCUUUGAUGUGUCUGAUCCUCGCCUCAAAUUCCCGCCACGCCCAUUCAAGGUACCCAGCGACGAAAGUUCCAUGCACAAGCUGGCUAUGCUGCUCUCAUCAUGGCCCCUCGAUCAUACACAGGGCCAAUCAUCCCUGUUCGAUCGCUCCAGCCGCCUUGCAGCUUCUCGCCAACUCCCAAGCCAAAAGGCCAUCAACCGACGUCGGACUCUCGCCGGCCCUGGCGUUUACCCUGCCGCAAAGCCUAAUGAUCCGAAAAUCCCCGUAAUGAUUCUCGCGAAUAGACCACAUUCUUGCUCGAAUAACACACCUCCAGGAUCCUGGACUGUGCUACUCCCUUGGAAGUGCAUCGUCCCUGUUUGGUACUCGCUCAUGUACCAUCCUCUCUCCAGCGGAGGGAAUCCACGCUUCGGAGGCCUGAAGGAACAUCAACAGCUCGCCUUUGAGGCUGGUGAGGGAUGGUUCCCCGGCGACUUCCCGGGUACUCGAGCUGGCUGGGAAUGGACUCAGCGCGAGACAGAGAAAUCCCGCCGCCAAUGGGAACGUCGGCCCAAAGGUCGUCGAGCGGAAUUUGACACGCUCGUUCUUGGGGAGGGUCGGCCCAAGGGAGAAAUUGGAGAUGGAUGGGCCUGUGAUUGGGAGAGGCUUGUGAAAGGGCCGACAACUGAAGGUGCUGUGCACAACACUGUUCAGAAGACCGAUGAGCAAGAGGCGGGUCCUGUCGAUCCACCAUGCAACAUUCACACGAUCAGAUAUACACCAGGCGACACGAACAAAAUUCUCAACACCCUCAGUAAAACCAACAUUGAUACCUCUUCCCUUGUGACUAUCCACCUCACGCUUUCCAGCCGCGGUACACCCACACCCUGUGCCCGCAUCUACCGUCUGCCCAGUGAUCCCAUCCUGCGGCGCAAGUGGCUCGACCUGGCUUCUACAAGCCGCAAGUCCGGCGCGAACUUGACUUCAUUUAACGAUCCCACGCUUUCUGACGAGGAAGCUCGUCGUCGUCUUGCCGAGUCGCUCAUCUCAACUUCUGCGCACGAGAACUCGACGGCUAAUCAUUUGGAAGUGCCAAUGGAAGAAGACCUCAUCGGUUUUGUGAGCACUGGUAAUUACAAUCUUUCAGAGGGCAAAGGCACUGGGAUUGGUUCAAUUCAGCUGUCAAAGGUCUUGAUCCCUGACGUGAAGCCGUCUGAGCGACGAAUGUGCAUUGUUAGGUCUGCGGGAGAGAAGCUGGGACGAUUGGGAACGUGGGAGCUUGUCUGA